UGCACCACAAAGUCUGUACCAUUCGAGUUUCUACGCGGAGUUUUCCGAUGAAGAAUAUUACAUCCCGUGCCCCGCUAUCUAUAAGCAGGGCAGUUUCAACAGCAUCGCAUGCAUCACUUUCUGAGAAGCUCCUCCAGAAACUGAAAUCGCGGCGUAUCCCUCUCUUUUAUGAUUAUCUACAUCCUCAGCCAUCUCACCUCUUAAAUCUUUCUUUGAUUGACCUCUUCUCAGGAACAUGGUUCCCCCAGUGUGAGACUUCCCUAGUUGGGAUUCUCCCGUCGGUUACUUCACCACCCCGGUUGGCGGCAGGCCAUCACCUAGUUUAUUUCCCACCUCAAGUCACCUUGUCCCAAUUAUUGCCCGAUGGUACCGAUAUUUUACAUAGCCCAGGACACCCCUUCAGCAGGCGCCUAUGGGCUGGGGGAAGAAUAAAAUUCGCGGCGACAGGCAACUUGCUCCUUGAUGGCAGCCGAGCCGUUUGCAUUGAAACGAUACGCAAUGUGUCAACAAAGGGCAAGGAGGGAGAAGAAAAAGUAUUUGUUGGAAUUGAGAGACGGAUAGGGACGGUUCAUGAAGGGGAGAAAGAGAGCGACGUCAGAAAGCGCAUAUGGAAAGAGGACGAGGAGGAUUUUGGACAAGCCUCCAUUAUCGAAAAUAGGAACCUAGUAUUCAUGCGUGAGAAGUCACAGGAACAAGUCAAAUAUGAUAAAGAACGUUUCAGCGACAGCAGUAGGGUGGUUAAGCGUAUGUAUGAUCGAUCUAUAUAUUCCAGCAGUGUCGCUAACUCUUUUAAUUCUCUGAAGCUCCUGGUAAACCCGAGUUCCGCCAUUCAAUGAAGCCGACGAAGGCUUUGCUUUUUCGCUUCUCAGCUCUCACAUUUAACGCUCAUUCCAUUCAUCUCGACAAGGCAUAUACCCAAGAUGUGGAAGGCUACAGGGAUCUUCUUGUGCAUGGGCCCUUGUCUCUAACACUGCUUUUAACGACUGCUCAGGCCUACCUUGCUAAGUUGAAGCUCACAAUUAGGGAUAUUGAGUAUCGAAACUUAACACCCAUCUAUGUAGGAGAGGAGCUCGGGAUAUGUGGAAAGCCAAAGAAUGGCAAGAUACCCGGAGCCUGGGAUGUCUGGAUUGAGAACAGGGAAGGUGGCCUUGCUGUACGAGGUACCAUUCACACCGAAAUAGAAGCCCAAAAUGCAAAUGCCACAAAAUAGACUAUUAUUCCAGGGUCUCGAUUAUGUUUC